UCUCGCGAGCUAUCGAAAGAAUAUGACUGCUGCUCAACGAAGCGCGGCCAGUGCGCUUGCGCGGUAGCGUGACGCACCCGGAAGUAACAUCAUGUCGCUGGAGGACCCGUUUUUCGUGGUGAAAGGGGAGGUGCAGAAGGCUACGGCUUGUGCACGUAGCCUGUUUGAUCGGUGGGAGGAGCUUCUGCAGGAUGGAACUCAGGUGAGUCGCGAUGAGCUGGACUGGAGCACAAACGAGUUGCGCAACUGCCUGCGGGCCAUCGACUGGGACCUGGAGGACCUGAGCGAGACCAUCAGUAUCGUGGAGUCAAACCCGGGAAAGUUCCGCCUGGGCCACGAAGAGCUUCAGGAGCGGAGAGACUUUGUGGAGAGGACCAGGAAGUCUGUGCAGGAGAUGAAGGAUCAGUUGUCAAGUCCAUCUGCUGUGGCUCAGGCAGAGAAAAAAAACAAGCAGGCGCCACCGGCUUCAGCGGACCGCUCGAUGCAACUGGAUGCCCACCUGGUGUCCGCCAAUUCCAGAUACAUCCAAGAGCAGCAGGAACAACAGCAGCUCAUCAUCCAGGAGCAGGACGAUCAUCUGGAGCUUGUGUCCGGAAGCAUCCGGGUCCUCAAAGACAUGUCGGGACGCAUCGGCGACGAACUGGACGAGCAGGCCAUCAUGUUGGGGGACUUUGGGGACGAGAUGGACCAGACAUCGUCACGUAUGGACUCGGUGCUCAAAAAGAUGGAGAAGGUCUCACAUAUGACCAGUAGUCGGCGUCAGUGGUGCGCUAUCGCCGUGCUGGUGGCCAUCAUGAUCGUUGUCCUCAUCCUCUUCUUUGCCCUCUGACGCCAGUGACGCCGAUGGCCCUUUUUUGUUUGUUUGUUUGUUUGUUUGUUUGUUUAACCCUGGACCCACAGAAGGAACUUGCAAUGUCCGGUAGGGAUCCAACAUGCAGGUUGUGACUCCCAGCAGCAAGGGGCGCUGUGCUGACGAGUGCCAAAGGAAGUCCAAGUUUGAGACUCAAAAAAAAAAAAAAAAAAACAUUCUUGAGUAAAUUUUUUUUUUUAAUAAUAGUCACAAAAAUAUGAGAUUUUUUUUUGUUGAGAAAACGCUGAAAAAUGACUUGGAAUAUUAUGACAAGAGCAAACCUUUCAGUCAGCCUUUUCCAAGGAACAACUACAAAAGAUGAAACAAUAAAUUGUAGUUUUGCAAAAAAAAGUCAGGACCUAUGGUAAAUUAACAUUUUUCAAGAAUAAAGUCACAAUGUUCAAAGAACAAUUCAUAAUUGAAGAAUUGUUUUGUAAAGAUUAAGUGUAAUUCUUUAGAACAAAAAUUACUCUGACAAAACAAUAAACACUAUAUAGAAAAUAGCACUCCAUUUGCAAAAUAAGUCAUAUUUUGAGGUAGAGAGGAUUUUCUCAAAUUUGAUCUAAAAGUAAUCAUGACAAGAAAUCGACUAUCUUACUCAUAGUCUCAAAAGUUGGGGAGGAAGGUCAUAUUUUCUUGAACAGGUCAGGCACUUAGCAUGAAAAAUUCCAAAUACGAGAAUAACGGUGUAAUAUUACAAGAAUAGUUACGUGGCAAAAAAGAUUAAUUGUUUGAAUAAAAAGUCAUAAAAUACUGGCAAACACAUUUGCACAAUUGGUAAAGAAAUCCCACAAACAUCUAAACUGUUAGUUUUGGUUUUGCGAGAUAUUACAAUAAUUGUUGUACAUUAUUUUGAAAAGUUUCUUCUAUGAACAGGCACAUAGUUAAAUUACAGGAAAAAAUUGUAUUGUAUUUUUUGUUUAAGUAUUGCAAGCAACUCCUUUUUAUCAGAAUGGGGCGGGAUAAUGUGUUAAAGUGACGGUGCCUCCUUCAAAUUCACAAAUCCUAAUGAACUUAUUUAUCAUUCAUAAAUAUGCGCGCGCACACACACACUGCCUGGAUGCCUUAAAUCUAUUUUUCUACAUGAGUUAGGUUGCUGCGUUGCUGCUGGCACAAUGUUCCAUUUUAAACCUUAGCGCGCACCCUGCUGGCGGCCAGCGAUACUACAACUAAUUUCAACUUGAAUGACAGUGUUUCGUCUAACAUUUCAGUCGCUUUUGUUGGUCAGCCGUCAUCGUUUGUAUGCAUCAAGCAGAAAAAUGUAUUUGAUCUUUUUUAUUGCAUUUUACUCGAUGCUGUUUUGACUUUUUUGAAUCUUUUAAAUGUUGAAAAUAAAAAAAAAAGAGCAUCUGGGCA